GUGUGUCUGUGUCUGUGUGUGUCUGUGUGGGUGUGCGAGUGUACGUUUGGAUGGCAAUGCAUGAGUGAGUGAUGAGAUCUUCACAUAUAAAACUCCCUGCCUGAAAAACUCACUCAACAUCCUAUUGUUUCUUACGUUCUCUCCAAAAGUAGUGUUAUAUUCUUAGUUGCUGUUUUUGAUAGGAUUACUAAAUCCUAGAUAUCUAGAUAUAGAUAUCUAAAUCAUGGAUAAAGCUGCUCUGGCUGUAGACCAGUGAAAUCGCUGACACCCUGUUGAAGAACACAUUUGGGAAGUUUUAUGAGGUAAAAUGGGAUGCAACUAUAGUUCAGAUUAUGAUGAUGACUGGAUAGAGAACCUAGACGAAGUGUGUGACCACUGCAACUGCCCGAUUCCCCCCAAGUCAGCUAAAUUGUACACAGAUCAGCUGAUCCCAUACCCCUCUCAUUUCACGCCUCCCUCUUCCCCUCUACCAGAUAGCCUGGUGGUUGCCAUAUACAGCUAUGAACCCAACCACAGUGAUGACCUGGGAUUUGAGAAGGGAGACAAGCUGAAGAUCCUCAAUAAGGAUGACUCGGAGUGGUUCAUGGCAGAGUCGCUCAUCACAGGCCAGAAGGGCUUCAUCCCAUACAACUUUGUGGCCCCCCUGAACUCCAUGGAGAUGGAGACAUGGUUUUUCAAGAACCUCUCCAGAAAUGAUGCCAUGAGGCUCCUGCUAGCUCCGGGGAACACACAGGGCUCCUUCAUGGUCAGAGAGAGUGAGACCACCAAAGGCUCCUUCUCCUUGUCUGUCAGGGAAUUUGAUCCGAACACGGGAGACACGGUCAAGCACUACCGAAUCCGCAACUUGGAUACUGGUGGUUUCUACAUCACCGCAAAGAUAUCCUUCAACUCCCUGAAAGAGCUGGUCCAGCAUCACUCACGUGAGGCGGAUGGCCUGUGCACCAGGUUGAUGAAGCCCUGCCAGUCCCGUGUGCCCCAGAAACCCUGGUGGCAGGACGAAUGGGAGAUCCCCCGAGAGUCCCUCAAGAUGGAGCGCAGGCUCGGGGCCGGGCAGUUUGGGGAAGUCUGGAUGGGUCUGUACAACAACCACAGACAGGUGGCCAUUAAGAACCUGAAGGUGGGCACCAUGUCCAUGGCUGCCUUCCUGGCCGAGGCCAACCUGAUGAAGGAGCUGCAGCACCCGCGCCUGGUCCGCCUCUUCGCUGUGGUUACCCAGGAGCCCAUCUACAUCAUCACAGAGUUCAUGGAGAACGGCGCUCUUGUAGAUUUUCUCAAGACGUCCGAGGGAUCCAUAAUACCCAUCAACACCCUCAUAGAUAUGGCGUCUCAGGUGGCUGAGGGAAUGGCCUACAUUGAAGAACAGAACUACAUCCAUCGGGACCUCCGAGCAGCAAACAUCCUGGUGUCUGAUGAGCUCAUCUGUAAGAUUGCUGAUUUUGGACUUGCAAGACUCAUCGAGGACAACGAGUACACAGCCAGAGAGGGUGCCAAAUUCCCCAUUAAAUGGACAGCACCUGAAGCUAUAAACUACGGAACCUUUUCCAUCAAGUCAGAUGUGUGGUCUUUUGGGAUCCUCUUGACAGAGAUAGUGACGUAUGGUCGUAUCCCAUAUCCAGGCAUGAGUAACCCAGAGGUGAUCCAGAACCUGGAGCGAGGCUACCGGAUGCCCCGAUCGGAGGACUGCCCUGAAGGUCUGUACAAUAUUAUGAACCUGUGCUGGAAUGAGAGCCCAGAGAAUCGGCCAACCUUUGAGUACUUGAGGAGCGUUCUGGAGGACUUCUUCACAGCAACAGAGAGGCAGUACCAAGAACAGCCUUGCUAAGGCAUACAGACAUGGGAUAGGAGAGGAGAGGACAUUAACUCCAACUGUUAAAACACAGAGAUAUAAUCCCAGUUUAUAUGCUUUUGAUACUGUCUGUCUGAGAACCUUGCUUCUCCUUUCAAAACACGCUUUGUAAUCUUAGGCUCUGUAGACAGACAGAUAUACACCUAAUACUUUGAAGAAGGAUGCAAUGAAAGCAUAUUUAGUGUAACAUUUUAGAGAGCUCAAGGAAGAUACCACAGUACUUUUGUAUCCUCUAAUUUCUUUGACAUUUCAUGUAAUUUGUUCCAUUUUGUACUAUUUAGAUAUUGCUAUAAUCUAUUUGUAUAUUUUGCUAUGCGUUUGAAGACUAUAAAUGGAAGAUGACAUGAUGUAUCUUACAAAAGCACAAAUGUUAGGCCUACUCUGUUCAUUUACCUGUUAAUGCCAUUGACAAGAAAUUCAUAUGAAAUGUCAAUGGUGCUCAUUCAAUAAAAAGUCAAGUAAAACAUAAAAAGGAAUGUAAA